AUGGACGCCAUCAUAACCCAGAUUCGUGAUUUGGCCAAGUCGGCCGACGGAGCUACUCGACAGGACAUCCAGAGAGAUCUGCGUCAAGUUCAACGAGAUCUUCAGGACCCGAAGGAAGUCCUAAUGGACCUUGCAAACUCGUUCCUACUCGGCCCCGUCAUUCGCAUCGGCGUGGACCUGAAGUUAUUCCAUGCGGUUGCCACGGCCCAGAAGCCAUUGACAGUCGAUCAACUGGCUGAAAUCACUGAGGCAUCUUCUGGUCUUCUUGAGAGACUGCUCCGCUAUCUGGCCUCUAACAACAUAGUGAAGGAAGUAGGGCCCAACGAGUAUGCCGCGAGCAAUCUUACCUACAUUUUCGCUAGCGAAAAAGGAGAGGCGAUGAUAUCCCAUGGCUUCGACUUCCAUGCCCUUCACAUGCGAGAAAUGCCCGAAUACUUCAAGGAGACCGGCUAUCAGAAUAUUACGAGCACCAAGUACACUCCGUUCCACAAGGCAUUCAAGACAGAUCUCAAUUCCUUCGACUGGCUUGCCCAGCACCCCGAACAUUUCGUCCCGUUUCAAAAGAUGAUGACUUCCCUAGAGGGUUCCGAGUGGACCGAGGGCUUUGAGCUUCUCAACUCCGAGGCAAAGCAGAUUCCCUCUACCCCCGCCCAGCCAUCAGACAAACCCUUCUUAGUGGAUGUUGGAGGUGGACAUGGCCACCAGGCCAUUCAGCUGGGACGCAAAUAUCCCAACCUUCUCGGACGUCUGAUUUUGCAGGACCUUGGCGCAGUCGUUAGGCCUCUGUCUCCAAUUGAGGGUGUGAAAAUCGAAGAAUACAGCUUUUUUGAUAAGCAACCUGUGGUGGGUGCGAGAUUUUACUACCUCCGCCGCAUCAUGCACGACUGGCCAGAUCAAGAUGCUGCAAAGAUUCUCCAAAAUAUUGCAGGGGCAAUGUCAUCCCACUCGCGCAUUCUGAUUGAUGAUGCCGUUCUGCCCGAUACUGGGGCUGUUUGGCAGGUCACUAUGGCUGACCUGGCUUUGAUGAACUGUUGUGGUGGUGUGGAAAGAACAAAGAGGCAGUGGGAAUCACUUGCAGAUGCUGCGGGUUUGAAAAUUGAGCAGAUUCAUUCUUACAUCGCUUCGACCUACACUUCGGUGGUGGUCCUGGCUUUGAAAUGA